AGAAAAAGUAAACAUUACUUUCAUUGAACGGACAAGAGAAAAAGCUUCAACGUAAUUGCUGCUCUUGUGAAUACCUUUAAAGUGUGAAUUAACUGCAAAUUGGCGUCACGUGACAUUCAUGGAAGAAACUGGUUUUAGCGAGACGAAGCUCUUGAUGAAGGAAAAUGUACGGAAAUAUGGCAGCAUAUCGUCAGCCAGUGGGAGAAAUAACAAAAAUUCGAAUAUUUCUUACGUGCGGCACGAAAUCCAGCAAAACGAUACUCUUCAGGGAAUUGCUCUCAAGUACGGAGUUAGUAUGGAACAAAUAAAACGAACGAAUCGUCUCCUAACGACAGACACAAUUUUCCUAAGGCAGUACUUAAUGAUCCCCGUGCCUCUUGAUAGUCCCGUGAACAGUUCCGAUGCGCGUCGUUCGCAGUCGCUAGAUGUCUCGUAUUACGAUCCGCCCUCACUUUUGCCCUCUAAUGACGUCAGUACGGGCAGCACGAGCACAAUAACCGCCAGCAGCAGUAUGACGAGUUGCAGCGGGGGCAUUUUGGAUCCAGAUCCCGACGAGGAUAUCGAAAAUUUCCUCAGUAAAGUCGAUUCGGCGAUAGCUGUUACCAAAAAGAGUGUCGAGCAAACACGCAAACAGAGUGAUAUCUUGGCGAAAAUCCACGAACAUGAAUAUCCGGAGCACCCGGAUGAGUACACGACGUCCUUUUCGAACCCGAGCUACGACGGGAAUUGCAAUACAAAUGGCACCACGUCGAGCGGAGGGGGUACAACGUACGCUGGAACACGUCGAAAAAUCUCUUAUGAGGGUGCUUACCAAAGUCUCGAUGGCGAAACGCGACGCAGCAAUAGCCGACGACAUAUCAAAAGUUCGAUGCAUCGACUGGAGAAGCAACAAGACGACUUGUUUGAGUUGUAGCAUACAGCUACGUCGUACGUUCUCGCUGUGUUAGCCCGACUUGGCAGGGGAUAUCGUCGAUUAAAGUGAUUUGAAUUGUAUUUCCGUCUCAUCCCUUUUUUUCGUUUUUCGUAGGUAGGAAUUUGAAGUUGAAGAUUGGCUUUUAAUGACCUAGUCUGACGGGGGCGAUUCAUGAAAAUUUUUGUCAUAAAUCGCCCGCGACGACCAAAUAUGACAAUUGCCUCAAACAUUGAAACGUAGGUAGUUCUUAUGACGAUAAUGAUGACAGCAAGCAGUAUAAAUAUAGAUUAUAAGUGCAACAACAAACAAAUCCGUACUUUUUUCCGUUGGUGCAAGAACAAAUUUUAUUUAUUUAUUCAAGGCAAUCCUCCUUAUCAAUUGGAAAAAAAAGAAUGAAGAGUUAAGUACAUAUUGAUUGAAUCAAAUUCAAAGAAGGAAUUAUUUAUUGGCAGCGAACGCGACACUCAACCUAAAUAUUGUAAGUGAAAAAAAAAUUAAUAUUUAUUGAUAGUUAUUUCAUGUUAAAGAGAUUUUAAUUUUCGUGUUUCUUCGAUAAAAAUCGAUAAAAUUAACACACACAAAAAAAAAUAUUUGACUCACAUUUACUCACAGAGUUAAUACAAAAAAACACACACACACGAACAAUAAAUAAUUGAUAAUUAAAUAAUAAUA